GAGGAGGAGGAGCUGCGGCGGUCGGCGCAGGAGCUGCAGCAGCUGGAGCAGCCGGAGCAGUUCCGGGAGCAGGAGCGGCGCUGGGAGCUGCUGAUGGAGCGCGAGCGCUUCCGCCUCUGGCGCCGCCCCAUCCCCGGCUCGGCGCUCUUCCAGUACCGAGUUUUCGGCUCCUACACGGACGUCACUCCCAGACAAUUCUUCAACGUCCAGCUGGACACAGAGUACAGGAAGAAGUGGGACUCGCUGGUGAUCAAGCUGGACGUGGUGGAGCGAGACCCGGCCACGGGCUCCGAGCUGGUGCACUGGGUCACGCAGUUCCCGUACCCGAUGUAUUCCCGCGAUUACGUUUACGUUCGGCGCUACAGCGUCGACAGCGACCGCAACCUGAUGGUGCUCGUCUCACGGGCCGUGGAACAUCCCGGAAUUCCCGAGGAUCCCGAGCACGUGCGGGUGCGGAGCUACGAGUCCCACAUGGUGAUCCGGCCCCACCGCAGCUUCGACGAGGUGGGAGAGGGGAAACCCCAAAAAAUCCCCAAAUUCCCCAAAAUUCCCCAAAAUUCCCCAAAAUUCCUGGGGUCUGGGGUGGUUCCCGCAGCCAGGAUUGGAAAAACGGGCUGGAAAACUUUAAAAACGGGGAAAAAAACCAAAAAAAAACACCCAGAACAUGGGGAAAUCCUAAAUUUGGG